CGUGGCUCAAGCUCCAGGCCGGAAGCGGUAGGUUGCAGGGGCCGGCCGGUUGCGUCCCCUUUCCGGCUGGUCCCCAUGGAGGCUCUGGGGAAGCUGAAGCAGUUCGAUGCCUACCCUAAGACUCUGGAGGACUUCCGGGUCAAGACCUGCGGGGGCGCCACCGUGACUAUUGUCAGUGGCCUUCUUAUGCUGCUACUGUUCCUGUCCGAGCUGCAGUAUUAUCUCACCACUGAGGUGCACCCUGAGCUCUACGUGGACAAGUCACGGGGAGAUAAACUGAAGAUCAACAUCGAUGUAUUUUUUCCGCACAUGCCUUGUGCCUAUCUGAGCAUCGAUGCCAUGGAUGUGGCGGGGGAGCAGCAGCUGGAUGUGGAACACAACCUGUUCAAGCAGCGACUGGAUAAGGAUGGCAUCCCCGUGAGCUCAGAGGCUGAGCGUCAUGCUGAUGGCGCUGCCUCUGCCCUCCCCUUAGAGCUCGGGAAAGUCGAGGUGAAGGUGUUUGACCCUGACUCCCUGGACCCUGAUCGCUGUGAGAGCUGCUAUGGUGCUGAGACAGAAGACAUCAAGUGCUGUAACACCUGUGAGGACGUGCGGGAGGCAUACCGCCGUCGAGGCUGGGCCUUCAAGAAUCCAGACACUAUUGAGCAGUGCCGGCGAGAGGGCUUCAGCCAGAAGAUGCAGGAACAGAAAAAUGAAGGCUGCCAGGUGUAUGGCUUCUUGGAAGUCAACAAGGUGGCCGGAAACUUCCACUUUGCCCCCGGGAAGAGCUUCCAGCAGUCCCACGUGCACGUACAUGCUGUGGAGAUCCAUGACUUGCAGAGCUUCGGCCUCGACAAUAUCAACAUGACCCACUACAUUCGGCACCUGUCAUUCGGGGAGGACUACCCGGGCAUUGUGAACCCCCUGGACCGCACCAACGUCACCGCACCCCAAGCCUCCAUGAUGUUCCAGUACUUUGUGAAGGUGGUACCCACAGUAUACAUGAAGGUAGAUGGGGAGGUGCUGAGGACAAAUCAGUUCUCUGUGACCAGACACGAGAAGGUCGCCAAUGGGCUGAUGGGCGACCAGGGGCUUCCCGGAGUCUUCGUGCUCUAUGAACUCUCGCCCAUGAUGGUGAAGCUGACAGAGAAACACAGGUCCUUCACGCACUUCCUGACGGGCGUGUGCGCUAUCAUCGGGGGCAUGUUCACAGUGGCUGGACUCAUCGAUUCGCUCAUCUACCACUCAGCUCGAGCCAUCCAGAAGAAAAUUGAUCUAGGGAAGACAACGUAGUUGUCCCCUUCCCCCUCUGUUGUUCCCUCUUUCUCCUGUUUCUCUUUAGGCUUGUGGCCAUUUUCCCAGCCUCUUUCCCCACCACCCAACCCCUACUCGGAGAGUCAGUCGCAGCCCCAGGUUGAUAAAUCUAUUGAUUGUGAUAGUA